AAACAAGGAGGAAGUCUUUCCCUUUAAAAAGGGUCAAAGAGGGUUCCUUAAAUAAAAGGUUGGUUCCUCGUGAGAGAAAGUCUUUCCCUCUAAUUUCUCUAGAGAGACAGAGAGAGAGAGAUAGCUAGAGAUGGGUGCUUCUGCUUCGGUUCCCGAGAGAUCCGUCCAUCAAUUCACUGUAAAGGUAUUCUCUUUUCGCUCAUACUAGAGGAGGAGGUUGCAUCGGCGCUGUGAUAUUUGUUUAUUCCUUAUCGUUGUUGUUGCUGUUGUUUCCUGGGAAUUAGGAUAGCUCCGGCAAGGACCUGAAUAUGAGCAUUUACCAAGGGAAAGUCCUCCUCAUCGUCAAUGUUGCUUCCAAAUGCGGUUUCACCGAAACAAACUAUACACAGCUCACCGAACUUUACCGGAAAUACAAGGACCAAGAUUUUGAGAUCUUGGCAUUCCCUUGCAACCAGUUUCUAUACCAGGAGCCCGGCACAAGUCAAGAGGCUCAUGAAUUUGCCUGCGAACGCUUUAAGGCCGAAUACCCUGUUUUCCAAAAGGUACGCGUAAACGGUCAAAACGCAGCACCAAUCUAUAAAUUCCUUAAGGCAAGUAAACCCACCUUUCUGGGUUCCAGAAUUAAGUGGAACUUCACCAAGUUCUUGGUCGGCAAAGAUGGCUUAGUGAUUGAUCGUUAUGGCACGAUGGUUACACCGCUAUCAAUCGAGAAAGACAUCAAGAAAGCUCUUGAAGACGCUUGAAAACAACAGACGAGAUUGCCAAUUAACAAUCACGGUUAAUUUUGUAAUGUAAAUUGCAGCUUUUAUGUCGAAAUUUCUUUUUGGACAUGUUUCUCUGUUUAGUGUAUAAAAAAAGAAUUCCUUUUGGAAGAGUAGGUUGCUGUUUUCAAAUUUUUUUUCCAAAAACUAUUCUUAAUGUUCCGGAGUUAAUGAUCGUUAUUGAUUGAUACACCACCGACUCAUAAUUAAUUUUAGAAAUUAGGGAUGCAUCUUUAUUUGUAUACCAAUUACCAAACACU